AAGAAAAAUAAAAAGACAAAAGUUACCACCGCUUGUAUCCUUCAACUGAUAUCGCUUCAACACUCUUAAUCACCUAAUUCAAAUUCACUAUGGCACUUACCAAGAAUCAACCUGAAAUUAUCAACUUGGUUGACACCGAUGACGACGAGCUCUAUAAAGACCUCGAGGCUCAGAAAGCCGCCUUGAAGUGGGAUGACAGUUCUAAUGCUAUUGAGAUCAAAGCCGAGGGGGGAGGCUGUGACAGCGCCAUCCCUCAGCCCCGCGCACAAGACUCUGGGAAUAAAAGUGACUCUUCCAAACCUCAUCUCCAAAAUCUAUAUCGUCAUGGUAUUUCGUUCGUCCAUGUAGCCUCCUCGUCGCGGUCUCGCCCUCGUCGGAUGAUUGUAGAGGAAGAGAGCGAUGAAGAGGCAGACCCGUACAACCCUUGGACGCCCCCCAUGUAUACUGGCCACGAGCUUGAUUUCGAUGCACCUGCCCUGGGUGCGCCUGCUGCUGAAACCUCUGUCAUUGACUCGCCUAUCAUUAGUGAGCCUGUUGGCAGAAACAAUAACAAAGAAAAAGGGCCAAAAAUGACCUGCAUAUAUUCGCAGCUCCAAUUCGAUGAGGAUGAGCUAGAAAGAGAGCGCAAUCCGGCACCUGAGGCUUUUUUUGAUCAAGACGAAAAUGAGUAUGAGGAGCCAAGCCUGAGAGAUAUGUGUCGUAAAAGGAAACGCAAUUCCCCUACCACAUAUUCUAAGAUUACAGAAGAGGCUUCUCAAAGGCUGAUUGAGUACUGGACAGUACACAUGUGUACAGUAGCUGAAGCGGCUAGGGCCGUUCACAUGCAUCCAAGGACCGCCUGGAGGUAA